UUGCAAUUCGCGACUCGGUGCAUUCGGUCGACACCGCACGUGGUAUCCCUAGCUAUCAUCUCUACUUACGACAAUCGUACCACGACGGUCACCGAGUUGACAACCAUCUGCCACAUAACAUUUGCCAGCUGGCGUUGGUGUUCUACACAACUCGAGCCUCGAGACCCAGAUCUUCAGGGGACAUGCCUCUAGCAGCACGGAACAGCCUUCUGAUCAUAGUACCAAGCUCACUCCAUCGACCAUUCCACAAUUUGCCUCUUCAAACACAAAGCGACAAGUGAGCUCACCGCACUACCAUCCAUGAAGGGUUUCUCGUUCAUCACUGCUUCCACCCUCGCCAUCAUCUCCACAGCUAACCGCGUUGCCGCCACGGCCACGGGAGGCGUCUGCUACGAUCCUGAUCACGUUGACUCCGCCACAGAAGCCACCAUCUCCGCCGACUUCCAGACCAUCAAGGAGAAAGGCUUCGAUCUCGUCCGAACCUACACCACCACGUACGGAUCCGCCGACAUGGCCACACUGGCCAUCGCCCAGGGCCUCAACGUCUCACUCGGCGUUCCUUUCGACAACGAAAACCCUAGUGCCACCGCCGACUACGUCACAGCCGCCAUCUCGGCCGGUUCACUCUCCAACGGAUCAGCCAGCAUCGUCCAGAUCUUCGUCGGUAACGAGAACUUGGCCUCCGUCGAUCAAGUCCCGUCCGAGAUGCUCAGCUACAUCACCCAACUACAGGAGGCUCUGCCCAAUGUGCCCAUCGGCACCGUACAGCGCAACACCGAGAUGCUCGACUCGUCUCGAUACAACGCCAUCUCGGGCCUCGCCGAUCUCUUCACAGCCUGCGACGUCGUGGGCGUCAACAUCCAGCCUGUCUUCACAGCCGACACUGCUGCGACCGACGCCAUCACACUCGUGUCUAACCAGUGGACGGAACUGCAAAACAGCGACACCGAGUCGCGCUUUCCCGGUCUGGCCGACAAGUUGGCCAUCACCGAGACAGGCUGGCCCAGUGCCGGAUCUGCAGACGGCAACACGGGCUCCGUCACUGGUGCUCAGCAGUUCUACUCGGACUACAUGACGUGGGCCGCCGAGAACCUGGACGCCUCUCGCAGUCAUUACUUCCAAAUGUUCGACCUGCCGUCACGCACCGACACGGUCUUCGAGGCGCACUUCGGCAUCUGCGACCAAGACAGCAACGAGAAGUUCACGCUGUAGAAAAUGAUAAGAUGUCGACAACCAAUUGAAGGUUCCUACAGUCAAAUACUAGAGUGUGUACCUGUUAAUCAUUAGUAAGCGUGAUUCAAAUC